AUGAAUAAUUCUAGUUCUUUUAGUUCUUUCAAAAAAAACAUACGAACGUCGAAAACUUUACCAGCAGCACGACUAUCUCCAUAUAAUGGACAAUUAUUAUUAUCAACAGGAGUACCCUCACUAGAUGAUAUCCUAACAUUUCAAUGUGGUGGUUUACCAAUUGGCACGAUAUUAUUAAUAAAAGAAGACAAACAUACUGGAUAUUCUAAAUUAUUGCUUAAAUACUUUCUGUCUCAAGGAAUUGCUUCAGGACACCAUGUGCUGUUUUCCAGCACUGAAGAAGAUCCAUCAAAUUUUAUAAAAGGAUUGCCUUGGAUUACGAAUGAUGACUCGAAUGAUUUGGAUGAUAAAGCGGAGGCUGACGAUAAAAUGAAAAUUGCUUGGCGAUAUAAAGAAAUGAAAAAGUUUGAAUCUGGAAUUAAAACUACACCAACCAUUUUCAAAAAUAAACAAAUUCCUAUCACUGGGUCUCAACGUCAGGAACAGCCAUUUUGUUAUACUUUCGAUUUAACAAAAUCAAUUCCACAACAAUCGAUAGAUUCUGCGUCAAUAACUUUAGUAGAUGCAACUAAAUGGGCCGAUGAACAACAUGAUGAAAGCAUGUAUGAUAAGCUUUUGUCAGAAAUCCGUCGAGUUAUUGAUCAAAAUCAUUUUAGUUCAUCGGCAACUCCAUCGACUGGUGUUGAGAAAAACGCGUUAAGAAUUGGAAUACAUUCAAUUGCAUCACCAUUAUGGAAUUCUAAUUCUCCUCAUGAUCUUUAUCGAUUUUUUCAUGCUUUACGUGGCUUAUUAAGAAAUUCGUCUGGUUUAUCUGUGAUAACAAUUCCAGCUCAUUUAUAUACAUCCAAUUUGGAGCCUUGCUCAUUUAUAAGACGAAUUGAACAUAUAUCUGAUGCGGUCGUCGAGUUAGAGUCAUUUGCAGGUUCAUCUGCAACAGUAAAUAACGUAUAUAGUGCAUCAUAUCAUGGUUUAUUCCAUGUGCAUAAAUUGCCAACAAUCAAUUCCCUUAUAUCACCUUCAGUGAAAUUAUCAAUACUUUCUGGUGGUGGUGGUAAUAAUUUAGGAUUUAAAUUGAGGAGGAAAAAAUUUUCUAUUGAGACCUUUCAUUUACCACCUGAAGGUGGAUUAACAGUAAGGAAAGUAGCUAAAUCUGGAGUUGAUGAAGGAAAAAAGGAUCCUUAUGAUUUUUAA